GUGCUGCUAAACAGUAGGUGACUCACGAGUGUCGGUUGUUCCAAAGCGCACGAGAGUCGUGUGACUAACAAGAAGAAGUUUAAUCAAGCUUUAUAUAGGUCAGUUUAAGAUAAGCAGCCUUUAAUUUUUUAUUUCCUACAUUUAGAAACAAGCUGCUUUGUAUUGUUCACUAUUAACUGCAGUAGAUUUCAAAAACUUUCAAGCACGAAAUGAAAGUGAUUUUAAAGGAAAUAGUCUAGGGAAAAUAUUCUGAAUGUUCAAAAUAGAGAAGUACAACUCCUAUCUGUCAAAAUCAAUAAGACUACUAACGAUUGAACUAAAGUCUUGACGCAAAGCUCGAAUUAAAAGAAAGAAAACAGGGUCAACGACCAUAAUGAAGAGGACCGAUCAGACAGACAUCCUGUUCACGCCAAUGCAGUAAUGCAUCCCCGUCGCGAGAAAGCAGCUAGUUACGCUUUGGCGGUUACACAUGGGUCACACAUGCCGGGAUUACACGGGGGUACGCGUACUCGUUAGAGAGGUGAGCAGCACCCCAUGGACGCUACACAAAGGAGAAGGGGAGGAGCUCUGUUUUCAUGCGAGUUGGCUUGCGAGUCCGAGGGGCGGGGAGGCAGCGCGACUUUAUGGGUGGAAGUCGGAAGCGACUCAAGCGACUCGAUCCUCGAUACGAGUCAGUCGUUCGCGAAGCCCCAUUACGUUUGGAUCGAUCGAUCCUCCGGCUUUAUCGAUUAGGGAUCCGUUGUUUAUCCUAUAACCGAAACCGUCAAUUAAAAAAGCAAUUAUAAACCCUGGUGUAUCGAUCCAACACAGCGACAAACAAAUUCUGUUACGUUUCCGUUAUUUCUGCUAAGCUUUUGCCAACGUUUCUACGAAGACAAGGACCUCGAGUACUGGUUCGUGUAAAGCGUCCCGCGUUGACGCGAUAGGCGAUCUUCACGGGGGUUACACCGGGAUGGACACCAUAAGGUCCUCCGGGCACGCGACCUGUGGGAGGGUCGUCCCGCUCCGCUGAAUCGUGAAACCACCCCAGUGUGCGCUGAACUAUACUACAGAACUCAUCCUUAUUCUUACCACCAACGGUGAAACGGAAGAAGCUCUUGAAAGACAUUAAAGUGAAAGAAGCAGAAGUUAGGAAUAAGUUGCAAUUCGAUCGUAAAUCGACGUGAGAAUCAUGAGUGCGUUUAAAAGACACCAGAGCAAAGUGUUCUGGGGCCACAUGGAGGCGCAGGAUCAGGGACGGUUGGGCCCUUUCGCCAGGACGAAGAUUUGUGAGGAACCGCUACCGGAAGAGUCCUCUACGAGCGUUAACGAAAGCGAUACCGUUGAAAACAUCACAGCGAUUCAUGUCUGUCCUGCAGAAAACAGGCAGGAUUUGUAUUCCCUGGCAUCGAUUUGCGACGGGGACGUAAUGACACAGACAGCAACGAUGGACAUAGCGGACGAUGACAAAGAGGACGAGGAUAACGUGGUCCUGGCGAACAGAUCUUGCAGUCCUAUGAGUCACGAUCUCAAGAGUCUAGAUUCAGGAUUCUCAGAUUCCGAGAGAUCGCACUGUUCCGAGCUUUACGAGAACGAGACUCCAAGACGUCGACGAAGACGAAGGCUUAAGGACCGGCGCCAGGGUACGCAUUCGAGGAUCGGUUCGGUCUGGCUGGACAGAUCUACUCCGAAUCCCGUAUGCACGUCCACGCCCAAGGACUCCAGAAUUUUGCCUCGGAAAACAACGCAGCUCGAUGCACCUCCUGAUAAAAGCGCGUCAAGAACGCACAGAGUGGAAGAGGACCAAGUAGACGCGUCAGGAAUCGCCCCGUCUGUGUCCGUGGAAGACGAGUGUUUAGGCGAUUUCCUGUAUACAACCGAGCCACCCGAGGACGCAGUGGAGCCAAGGACAUCGUUCAUAGGGACCAGUUGUGACACCGAGACAUCCUCGAAGUCUUUUCUACAAUCCAGAAGCUACAGGCAAUCGUCUUCUGUGAGAAAGUGGCUUGGGGAUCUUGUGAUGGAUAUCGAGAACGAGUGCACGAACACUCUUCAGAGCAAAACAUUGCCCCCAAGGAAGUCUCAUCAGUUUCUGUCCGAGAAAGACGAGUUGAAGGACUUGAAGACACUCGCGUCGUUGGCCACUGCUGCUGCGAAUAAACUGCUCGUCAGGGCCGACCAGUUCGAUCGUCAUUAUCAGCAUAUAUUCGACAAAGUGGCUCAUCUGGAAGGUGGCAGAUCCGAGAAAGAACUUCUGCGAGCCAUUGAGGACGAUGCAUUCUCUAUUUUGUCUGAACUAGGAGCACCCCAAUCUCGCAGAAUUCGACAAAACAGCUUGAAGGAGAUUCUAGCGCAACUGGAGAGUCUGAAGAACUAUGUAGAUAAUGCUCUGGACACGCGACUGGACUUUUACAUCGAGAAGAUAAUCAGAGGACUAGAAGAGGCACCAAAAGAUGACACAAUGAUAGCCAGAGGCGCUUUAGCAGCGUUGACAGCGUUGGGAUUGGCAGGACCAAGAGCAGGGAACAGUAUUACCAGAUGUUCGGGCAUCAGAGCCCUUCUAACAUCCUUAAUCACAGCUGCGAAGACGUCUAGCGACUUUGUGGCAGCCUCUUUGCGCGCGUUGGCGAGUGUCUGUAGCUCCGCUGUUGCAAUCAGUCAAUUUGUCAAGGACGAUGGUCCAGAAAUAUUGACAGACCUCUUAGCUGCGUCGGCUUCUUCGGAGAAAGAGAAAAUGGAAGCCACAGCGCUGGUGGUCCAAAUAACAGCUCCAUGGGUGAAUGCUUUGGGAUUGCCUGACCUGGAGCCUUUUGCAAGGAGUCUUAUACCCUCCUUGAAUCGUUUAGUCGAGAAUACCAGUUGUAGUCAGACGUUGCUGCUCGGAGCAGCCGCGUUCAAUCAUCUGUCCAAGUCUAGAACAUGUGCUGCUGUGAUAUUAAAGCACAAUACUGUGAAGAAGUUACUGAAGAGCGUGAAGAAAACAACUGGCAGUAAUGUUUGGUUGAUGGAGCAGGUUGCGGCUCUUAUCAGCGAGUUGGCGCGCAUCCCUGAAGCCAGACCCCAUUUGGCAGAGGCCAGAGCGUCCAUUGCACUGGUCUCUUUUCUCAGAAUGAGACCACCAGGGCUCGAAGACGCCUAUAGACGUCUAGAAAUCACCGCAGCUGCAGCCUUGACCAGGCUGUGCGUGGAUCCAGAGAUUGCUAGGCAGGUUGUCGCUGUCGGCGGCACUGAUUGUCUUCCUUCUUACAAAGCUGAUGAUCUUUUGACAGAAGAUGAAGAGCAGGUUGAAGCUGGACUGUUGAGGUACACAAAAUCCUUGAGGAGAGCAUGCAAAAGAGCCGCAAAACAGAUUGGUAUCGCGAAGGCUAGCGAUUACAGUGAACUCAGUUAGAUUUUGUUAAUGUAAGACUUUUUAAAAUGUAAAUUUUAUAAUAUUUUGUAGAAAGGAAACAAUUUAGUUUAUACGUAUAGUUAUGUAACAAAAAUAUGUAUAUUUAUUAAAAAAUUAAUUUUAUUGUAUGUACAUGUAUGUAGAUACAUCGUAUAGUGCGUAAAAUACUUUAUUAGGAAAAGUGGAGUUUAUUAUACUCUGCAGGUACAAUAUUUCGUGGAAUUAAAAUGUAAAUAAAAUUGUUUCUCGAUGAAUGCAUUAAAAUCAUGAAAAUGUCAUGAAAAUGUAACAAUUCUUUUUGUAUAUGUUCCGCAUGUGAUCUUCUAUGUCACAGCAUUGUUACAUUACUUUUGUGAAAUAUGUCAAUUGUCGUUUCCAAACAUGGUCUCAGUUCGAGGUCGCAUGCUCCUAACACGAACUUUCCUUCUGGAGCUUUAAAGUAGUCUAAACCUCGACCUAUUUUAAUUACCCAACCGUUGCUAAGUCUGAAAGUAAAUCAAAGUGCCAAUAGAAUAUAAUUAAUUUCAAUAAAUAAAUACAUGAA